GCCGUGCUAGCAGUCAUUCCACAGAUAUCACCUCUAGCACACAGCCGCACAGCACCGAAGUAGUAGAGCCAUGGGUACGUUUCGCCAAAGGAUGGUCGCGAUCGCAACGGUCCUCGCAAUUUUCGCCGCAGCGCCGAGCGUUUCAAGAUCGGUGAACAUCAGUAGUUCUUGGUUGUUGCCUCAAAACGAGUUUCCGGUAUUUUAUCGACAUUUCAGAGACAGAGUCACAUGGUUUGAAGCCGAUGCUGUGUGCCAAUUUCACCACGCUCAACUGGCCACGGUUGAAUCUAACAGUCAAUUUGAAGCAAUACGUACUUAUCUGAAGGAAUUAGACGUGAUCGAGAAUGUUUGGAUUGGUUUGAAACGGAAUAGCGAAGCUAGUGAAUUCACAUGGACUAAUUAUCAACCCCUCGCGAGGAGUGGAUACUUUAGAGAAGAAGUUCCACGUUCAUCAGAACCAGUUUGCGUUGUGACUGACCCUACAGCCAACUUUAAAUGGCACAGCUUACACUGUGGAGGUCCUGAAGUAGCAUCAUUCGUUUGCGAACUCCCAGUUCCAUAUUGGGCAUCCAAGACCAAUGGGUGCAUGACAAGUAUGAUGGAAGGCAUGACAGUAACUUUCUUGCCAGAACGUCCUGCCAUUCAACUCACUAAGGAAUGUAGUCCAGGUGUUUCUAAAAACGUUACUUGCAAAGGAAACAUGAAACAAUCGGAAAUAAACGAAAAAUUAAGCUGUCCAAAUUCUAAUAAACCACUGAAGACAUUAUUUAAACCUGUCAAACCUGAACUAGCUGAUAUCAAGUUAAAAACAACAACCUCAAGUUCAGAAUCAGAUGUUGAAGACUACGCUAUAGAGAUGGCUACGAUUGCUCAGUACAAUGACGAAACGUUCCAAUCAAUAUCCAAAGUGAUGGGACGUAGUAGCGGUAGCAUCAUAAACUUGCCACAAGAGAUGUCGAUUGCCCAAGAACCUAUAAAGUCUUCAGGCCGAGGAGGUUUUGACACCAACGGCAUUGAUUCGGCGUUUAUCGGUGGCCAGGUCGAAACCACCAGUACCGGCGCUAGUAGCAUCAGCAUCAGUACGAGUACUAGCACUAACACCAUCAGCUCCGUGUCCAGUACGAGCAUGGUUACCAACUCCAGUACUACCAGUACAUCUAGCACCACACCAAAAAGUGUACCGAAAACUACGUCAAAAUUUACCAUAAAACAGAUGACGACAACGACGCCCAUUGAGAUCACUACCGAAACAUCGACCCUUGCUGGUUUGGUUACACUUGUUACGACGUCCGGCACUACAACCAAUGCAAACACCGUAAAUAAAGCGACCACCUCGCCUGUGAAAAUAACCACAACGGGACGAAUUGUGACAACCGUUGGAGGUACUUUGACCGGUGGCAGCCAACCGACCGAAACCUCAGCCACCACACCGACAACAACUAUCAGUAACAACCAUCAUCAUCAGCACCAGCGUGGCUACUCAACCAAUACGACCAGCACCAACGCCAACGCAAACUCCCACGCCACCACCACUACUACCACCACCACCAUGCCAAAGACCCAGCCAACUACAAAAAUGACAACCACUGAGAAGAUACACACCGUAGCCAAAAUGUUUACAGCUGAGACCGGUGAUGACCGUCGGGCCACCGACAACAGCCGCCGACCAACCGCUGCCACACUAGCUGCCAUCGCGACAGUCGUUUCAAAAAUCCCAUACACUGUUGCUUCCGUUUCAGCAACUACCACCAGCACCACCGGCCGCCCACUAAACUCAUUACGUUCAUACAUCAACUACGACAAUAGAUAUGCGGCCAAGGUGAAUGAUGCCCCGACCAUCGAGCCACCAAUUCGCGUUUACAAGAAAAUCGAUUUCCCGGAAUUGCCAAUCAACAACAGCGAUGAUAACGUACCCAAGCCCACGGCCACUCCAUUUUCCAGGACCUCGGUCACCACGUUUUCCAGCCCCAUAAAUGCCACAAAAACUGGAAACAAUAACAUGGUGACCACUCGAUCUUCAACACGGCCGACCGUAACCAGUUCUACCACCAUCAAUGCUUCUGUCAAACCUACCGACGCUCUCAACAAUAGUACAUACGCUGCUACCGAAACAGCUACCACUAAUACUGUAUCCGGCAUGUCACCCACGGCUGUUGCCUUUGACCAAUCAGAUGAUGACAUCCACAAUUGGAAUCUCAUUUCGUCAUCGUCGUCCCUACCCGAAAAAACAACUGGUGACGACGUCUCCGUGACCAGUGCCAGCGUCACCCCAUUCGACAUCACAUCUUCUGCCACUGAUAUUGCGGCUGUAAACGUCGCCACAGAAACCACCACCGUUGCCGCCGCAAUUACCACAACCGCCAAAACCAGCGCUGCCAGCACCACCACUUUCGCUGCCACUACCGCCACUGCCGCUAAUCACCGGAAAAUCGCCAACUACGACGCAUAUACUGACCACCCAAAUCGCAGCCGUCACAUAGUCCGCCCCAAACAACAGCACCAUCACUCCUACCCAUACAUCUUGUACAGACUUUUGGGAUAAAUGGCUUUCCGUCUCUCUUUCUUCCCCAGCGCUUCAAUCACUUAUGAUAAUUAAUGACUAUGAUCUAUCGCCAACACCAUUUAAUUUCCUUCUCAUUUCAUAUCCGUCGUUCUAAACCCUGAUCAAAUUGCAUUAUAAUAUUACUACACAUUCAUUAUAUUUAGGUACUUAUUAUACAUUUAUACGCCGUUCUGAGUUAUUUCCUUCCGCAGUGUGUCCCACAAUGUAACGAUCUACAGGUUAGAUGCAGACAUUUUCUCAUAAAGUGCUCAAUUCACCAUUUUGCUACACAAUUUUUUUAAGUUUUUAAUAUUUUCAGCCACAGGUAUUUCAGUUUUCAAAAACCCCUAUCCAUAGACUAACGAGCUUACCUUUUGUAAGUACACAACACAUAAUAAACUGAUAAUUGACAAACUAACCGAGUUUCACUGAAUAAGUCGACAAUGUUAUAAUCUACUUUAUACGAUUUAAAUCGAAUACCUAUAUAAUUUUUUAAUUGUUUUUUCUUUCUUAAAGCUCGGCAUAUGAUUAAAAUUAAAAUUUCACCAUAGAUACAAACUAAAAUAAGCGUAAAGAAAAGCUGGAUGUUCUUGUCAGAUAAAUAUUUUAUAUUUAUAUUUCCCGGGAUACUGCUAUGAUCGAAUUCUUAAUUCAAUGUUAAUUCCGACUUUUAUUAAAAAGUAAAACAUUAAAUCAGUAAUAACUUCAUUUUCUUAUAGAAAUAAUAUUGAUAUUCAAUGGGAAUACUUUCUAAUUUAAAUUGUUUUUGAUUGUCUUUUGUCAUCUGAUUACAUUAUUCAAAUUGUACUUAUUUGAUUAUUAAUUAUUAACUAUAUUUUAGAUUUGACAAUAGUAAUGAAUUGUUAUUUAUAUUGAAAUAAUAUUACACUACUUUUUCAAUUUUUUCCAUUUAUAUAAUAUUAGUAUCAACAAUUUGAAUACAUGAUUAAUUUAAUUAAUAAAAAUUAAACUAAUUGAUAGUAAAAAUGAGUAUAAUGUUACAAAUGUAAGGUUAUUAUUAUCAUCAUUAAUUAUUAUAUUACUUAUAUAUAAAACAAAGUAAUUGAUUAAUAGUAGCUUGGGUUUCAAAAAAGAAAAUAUUUUCAACUUUUAAAAUAUUUUGUAGCGUUUGAUAUGUUUAUUGCAUUUGGCUAAAUUCAUAACAUUUACAAUUGUAUAUUUAACUGUCUACUUAUAAAAAUUAAAAAUAUUUUUUUUUUUUUUACAUAAAAAAUAUAAUCUUUUAGAUAUCUAAUAAUUUUGAACGAAGUGUAAAAUUUUAAAACGUAUUAUACUGUGGUCAGCGGAUUCUAUAUAGAGUACCCGAAAAUGUUUGCUUUUAUUAACUCAACAAUAUUAUAUUGAAAGUAACAGGAAGCCGAUUCGUCGCAAUAUAGCUUAAUGAUAAUUUAAUUACUAAUUAUUUUAAACAAUAUUGUAGUUUGAUACUAAAAAUAUUUACCUAUUUAGUAGUUAGUUAUUAAAGGUAUUGUGUUUGUCAAUUUAUAGUCAUUUGUAGUAUUUGUAGUAUUUUGAAAUAUAAUAAUCUUUGCUGUCUAAAAUUAAAUAUUUUUUUCAUCUUUAA